UGCCUAAAGUUCUUGUUUAUUUGGUAGGCAUUGUUGCCUGCCAUGCCAAGGUUGGCUCCAUGCUGAUACUGAGCUGCUGGUCUGAGCUAUAAGAAGGCAACCUUUGGCCAAAAUCUCACAGGUCGCCACAGCUUUCAGCUCACACUCAUUGAGCAAGCUAACACAGAGCCAGCAAGCAUCUACUAGCACUCUAUAGCAGCUCAGCGCCGCUCGGUCAUCUUCAGUAGCUACUGAAAUCUUGUUCGUUUAGAGUCCUGUGCUUCGCGCAAACAAGAUAGCAUAAACUUCUGCAAUCAACCAAUCAUCAACAAUGGCGGCGGGAAAGCUGGGACAGCUGAUGACGAGGCUGCACCUGGCUCGGAGCCGAUCGCCGGCGUCGGCAGCGGCGGACGUGCCGCGGGGCCACCUGGCGGUGUACGUCGGCGAGGGGCGGAAGCGGCUGGUGAUCCCGACGGCGUGCCUGAGCCACCCGGCGUUCGUGACGCUGCUGAAGCGGGUGGAGGAUGAGUUCGGCUUCGACCACCGCUGCGGCGGCCUCACCAUCCCCUGCGCGUCCGAAGGCGACUUCGCCGACAUCGUCAGCGCCGUGGACGACCACCACCACCACCGUCACUGAUGAUGAUCGUGUCGAUCGAGCUGAUCGUUAGAUUCCACUUCCUGGACAAAAUUGUUCUUGGAGUGUCGUAGCACCAAUGUUCUGUUCUGUUCUGUUCUGUUCUGUUCCUAAGUGUAGCUAGUGUUGGGCUUACUUGAGCCUGUAAAGAUUUUGAUUGGAAAUUGGAAUGAACUCUUCUCUCACCCAAGUGUAGGUGUAGAAUCAAAAUUCAGGAAGCGUUUACAUUCCUCUGGCGGUAUCCUUUUCUCUCUGCUACAAAUUACAACCUAACCUAUGGA